AUGAAAACUAAGAAAAUAGUAAGUAAAAAAACCGCCAGUGAGGGUAAACACAAAGUAAUUAAAAACCAGCACCCAGGGAAUAUUUACCGCUCUCGGGUAAGAAAGAAGACUCUCACUUUCACCCAACUAGAACAAUUAAUCCACCAACUCAAAAAAACCGCCGGUCGGCAAAAGUUAUUAGCCAACCAACAAACUCGGCGGCAAAAAAAAGAAGCUACUCUUAGAGUCCAACAAGCCAAACAAGCCAGUCGUCAGCAAAAACAACAACGCCUAAAACAAAUCUAUUCUUACUUCCGUCAACAAUUAAACAAACAAGACCCCAAACAAUCCCUCUAUUACUCACCCUACUUAGACUUACCCCCCCACUUAUCCUCUUAUCAAUAUGUGGAUAAUAAUCCUUUUGUUGCUACUAGAAAAUAUUAUUAUCGAGCUAUUAGUGCUUGGCAGAACUCGUUAGAGCGGGAGGGGGAAGUGGUGCCGGAGGAAGAAAUUGCGUUAGAUAGGUAUGGCAAUCCCCUUUAUAAGAAUGUUCCCACUUGGGAGGAGCAGGUGAAGAAGAGGGUGCAUGAGGUGGCACAAAAACAAUAUAUCGAAGCCCAUGGAACUGAAUUAGAAAAACAAAUUUGA